ACAUCGAUGGGUGUGUUAUUGCGAGACAAUGUCUGGUACUUCUCGUCGACAUCAGUCAUGCAUAGACAUUUGAGGAGCAGAGCGUUGGGCCCUUUGGCGGGCGAUGUCUUCAUUUUGGUCAACACUGUGUGCACUUCCCGUGCCUUAUGUGUGGAGACCGACGGCUCGAUCACAAGAUUACGUAAAAACAAUACGUUAGUCAACAUUUUUGUGGUGAAGAAAGUGAUGUCAAGCAAAAGGUAUUUCGAUAACCCGUACGAAGACUAUCGGCCAUCGGAUGCCGUAUUGGAUCAAAACAGUGAUGCACUCAAUACUCAACUCAAAGACAAUUUUCUUAAAGAGUAUUCAAAAUUAUUGACACAUUUUGAGGCAAAUGUCGGCCAAAACAUUGAUUCAAAUGAUUACAGCGUUUAUACGGGAAGUACUGGUUAUGCGUUACUAUAUCUUCAUUUGUUUCAUGUCUUGUUACUGGCGUUUGAGAAUCUGUUUCGCGAAGACAAUCAAAAUGAAUGCAAUUCAUCGCUGAAUACAUUGAAAUCAAUGGUGAAGUACUGCACAGACAUUGGAAGCGAUACACCCGACGAACUCCUGUACGGAAGAUCUGGUUUUCUCUAUUCAUUACUUUAUGUCCGAAAGUUUGUCCCAACUUCUCAUCAAUUCAUUGAAGACAAAGACAUCAGAGCUGUUGUCGACGCUAUCAUAAAAUCUGGUCAAAGAAGCGCUCAAAAGGAGAAUAUGAGUGCCAAAUGUCCGCUAAUGUAUUACUGGUACAAAAGCCCAUAUCUGGGCGCCGCUCACGGAUACAUUGGGAUUAUGGCUCUUCUAUUAGAGGCCAAGAGUUAUCUGACGGACGAAGAGUUAAAUAAAUGCGUGAAACCAACCAUUGAUUUCAUUUUAUCGCUUCGACUUUCUUCGGGAAACUUUCCGUCGGGUUUAGACGACAUGUCGGAUGUGUUGGUCCACUGGUGUCACGGAAGUCCCGGUGCUGUCCAUAUAUUUGCGUUGGCGUAUGAGGUGUUCAAAGAGGAGAGAUAUCUAACGGCAGCCAAAGAUUGUUGUGAAGUCGUGUGGAAGAGAGGACUUCUCGUUAAAGGUUAUGGCUUAUGUCACGGGACGGCCGGAAACGGUUACGCCUUCUUAAGGAUGUAUCAGUUGACCAAAGAAGAGAAGUAUGUGUUGAGAGCCGUUCGGUUCGACAAAGCGCUUCCAUAUAUUCAACCGGUAAUCAAGAGAUUACGGCUCAAAAGGCGUGACAUUUCUUUUCUUUUGGGCGAUUCCGGAGUCUUAAGCAUUGCAUCAGUUAUUCAUCAUUUGAAAGGCAAUCAAAAUGAAUGCAAUUCAUCGUUGAAUACAUUGAAAUCAAUGGUGAAGUACUGCACAGACAUUGGAAGCGAUACACCCGACGAACUCCUGUACGGAAGAUCUGGUUUUCUCUAUUCAUUACUUUACGUCCGAAAGUUUGUCCCAACUUCUCAUCAAAUCAUUGAAGACAAAGACAUCAGAGCUGUUGUCGACGCUAUCAUUAAAUCGGGUCAAAGAAGCGCUCAAAAGGAUAAUAUGAGUGCCAAAUGUCCGCUAAUGUAUUACUGGCACAAAAGUGCAUAUCUGGGAGCAGCUCACGGAUACAUUGGGAUUAUGGCUCUUCUAUUAGAGGCCAAGAGUUAUCUGACGGACGAUGAGUUAAAUAAAUGCGUGAAACCAACCAUUGAUUUCAUUUUAUCGCUUCGACUUUCUUCGGGAAACUUUCCGUCGGGUUUGGACGACAUGUCGGAUGUGUUGGUCCACUGGUGUCACGGAAGUCCCGGUACUGUCCAUAUGUUUGCGUUGGCGUAUCAGGUGUUCAAAGAUGAUAAAUAUCUAACGGCAGCCAAAGAUUGUUGUGAACUCGUGUGGAAGAGAGGACUUCUCGUUAAAGGCUAUGGCUUAUGUCACGGGACGGCCGGAAACGGUUACGCCUUCUUAAGGAUGUAUCAGUUGACCAAAGAAGAGAAGUAUGUGUUGAGAGCCGUGAAGUUCGGUCAGUGGUGUUGUGAUUACGGAAAACACGGCUGCCGUACAGCCGACCGACCAUUUUCUAUGUUUGAAGGACUCGCAGGAACUCUAUAUUAUUUGACAGAUCUGUUGCGACCAAAGAACAGCCGAUUCCCUGCCUAUCAGUUGACUAAUUGA